AUGCAUAAGCAUACGCUGCUUGUGCUGCUGCUGCUGCUGCUGCUGCUGCUCGGCUCGGUGCAGGAACUGCGCGGCCUCAACGUACACCGCAGCUGCUGUGGAUUUGUAGCACUUGGCUUGCAGCAACAGCAACAGCAGCAGCAACAGCAGCAGCAACAGCAGCAGCAACAGCUACAGCAGCGGCGGGGGGUCGCUCUCUCUUUUGUGGGGUCCUUAAGGCCGCACGUAGACUUUUGCUGCCAUUCAGGUGUAUGUGCAGCCCAGCAGUCUCCAGCAGCAGAUGCAGCAUUCAAAGAGCAGACGCCCGUAGCUGCUGCUGCUGCUGCUGCUGCUGGGGGCCGCAACGCCAUUCGAAUAAACCCUCUAACAGCAAAAACAGAUACAGCAGUAGCAGCAGCAGCAUAUACAGCAGCAGGAACAGAAGCAGCAGAUACAGCAGCAGCAGCAGAAGCAGCAGAUACAGCAGCAGCAGCAGAAGUAGCAGAUACAGCAGCAGCAGCAGCAGCAGCAGAUACAGCUGCAGCAUCACAAGGUACAGCAGCAGUAGCAGGUGCAGCAGCAGCACAUGAGGCAGCACCAGGAGCAGCAACAGAUGGGGGAGGAGCAGCAACAGCAGCAGCAGGCGUUGAUGCUGCUGCAGCUGCGGAAGCAGAGGAGGCGGCGGAAGCCAUAGCAGCGGCAGCAGCAGCAGCAGCAGCGGCAGCAGCAACAGCAGCAGCAGCAGCGGAUGGCCAGGCAAAUCAUAUUUUGUUUGACUCUGAAAAGUUUAAAAAGAUGCAAAUAAUUAGAGAGAAAAUAGAUGAAUUGCAAACCUCCGGUGGCGGCCUCUGCUUUGGAGCCGAUACGGCAUUUGUUAUUGGAGGGGUUUCUUGUAGAAGAAGGGCUUCGCGCGCCGCGUUGGGGGGGAUGGGAUAUGGUGCUGCAGCAGCAGCAGCAGCAGCAGCAGAACAGCAGCAGCAGCAACAACAACUGCAGCAGCAGCAGCAAGAAGAAGAGGCUUCGCGGUCUGCUGCUGCUACGCUGCAGCAAAUCAAUCGCCUGGAGCUCCAGCUGCUGCAGCAUGCCCGCUACUUGCGGCGUCGUGUUGCUGCACAGAAGACAGAAAGGCUCCUCGGCCUUAUGCUGCUGGGGAAGCCUCAGCACCUGGAUGAGUUGCUGGAUCGUCUGUGCACGGCUCGACUGCGGCUGGACGCCGCGGGGAAGGCGAAUUUCGUUGGCAUCGUCGCCAAGGCAUUUCAAGACCCCGACGCAGACCUAGGGGCUCUCGCAAACAAUGCACUGCACACCACCGAAGAAAUCGAAGACUUUUGCGAAUGGCUGCAGAGUGGAAUUUCUUUCGGCACUGAGACGAAGCGUCUUUCGAGUGCGCAGCUAAAAACAAUGCAGCAGCUGCUGGAAGCAGCAGCAGCACUUCACCCUGCAGAGGGCCAAUUCUUAGACCGGUGGAGCGAAGGAAUGACAUUUAAACCCAACGCGGAGGUACAGCGCAUGUGGGACGAAAUACCUGAACCGCCUCAGCAGCAGCAGCAGCAGCAGCAACAGCAGCAGCAGCAGCAGCAGCAGGGGUGGGGGCAAGAGGAACAGCAAGAGUAG